AUGGCUGAAUUACUAAGUGAAGCUUGUGGCAGUCUGGAAGUUCUGGAAGUCAGUGAUGAGGGAAAGAAGAAAUCCAAAUUUAAAGCCUUCAGGAACUUUUUUGGCAAGAAGAAGAAAAAAGAAUGUGAAGAUGCCCCAGGAGGGAGGAUGCUAAAACCAAGCCUGUCCAUUGGCAAUAUUCACAUCUCUUCUCUGAAGCCAGUUCUGGGACUUCAGCAAACUGAGACUAGGGCAAAGAGCAGCAUGGGGAACAAAGCUCUAUCCCACGACAGUAUCUUCAUGUUGGAGCCUGAACCUGAAAGAUCAGCAAGUAAAUUGUGCCCCCUUCUGAAGCCCCACAGGGGCAGAAUGCUGCAGAGAACUCAAGUUUCUAGAACUCUGCCUAGAAUUGGACUUAGUGAUGUGCCUGGAGCUGUUUCUGAUGCUGUCUUUGGAGGUGUGCCCCGAUAUGUGCCCAGAAGUGGAAUCUGGGUUGCAGGCUCCAUGAUCCCUGAGAUCCCACCACUGCACCCACACCAACCCAGCAUCAGCCCACCUCUUAUCCGACCUGAUACAAUCUCUGAGGACUUUGAAGAAAUCCCUAUUGAUGACAUGUCACCUAAAAGCUCACAAAAGAAGGCUUCAUUCCACAUGAUCUUGACAGUGAAGAAGGUGAAAGCAAAGCAGGAGGAGCCAAGCCCUCCAAUGGCUUCUGAAGAGAAGAGUACAACCAACCAAAAGAAGGUGAGCAAAAGAAAAAUACAUGUACAAUAUAAAAAUUCAAGCAGCCAAGAACAAAGCAACAAAGCCAAGAUUUGUGGUAAGAAAACAACAGAUGAGGCUCUGAAUGAUGACUCUGCUGCGAGUCAGGGCUACCCAAUGUCAGAAGCAUAUGGAAGACAACGUGGAAGAAAAGGAUCAAGUGCUUUAGGAAUGAGUGAGGGUGGAACCAGAGGAAGAAGCCUUAAACAAUCCAGCCAAGGGCAUGACCCAGGAGAUGGAGCUGGGUCCCCACCUACCAAGAAGACUGUCAGGGAUUGCCCCCUCAGGCACCUGCCUUUCGAGAAACAAUUUAUGGAGCAGCCCACAACUCCACCAGCAGAAAAAGCCUCCCCUCAGGAGGUGCUUUCAGAUAAAGAUGAUGUGGGAAGGAGAAAUCCUGGCGUAGAUUUUGAAGCCAAAGAAGCAUCAGCACCACAACCCAUACCUGGAGACAUGAAAGAGUCCAUGGUUAGUGGUCUACCACCAUACCAUGAAGAUGGGGCUUCUGGAGUCAAGAAGACAGAAGCCAGAGCUCCUCUUUCACCAGUGGUGGAAAGCCCUUCUACAACCCAAGAAGAUAUUCACUCAGUGUCAUUGGAGGCUCAGGUGUUUAUGGAUGCUUUUCAUAACCAGUCAGAAGAGGAAGAUGAUUCCGGCCUUGAUUCAACAAAUGCCCAAUUUAAAAUAGAGUCAUCUCAGGAUAUCCUAACUAUCUGUAAAGAAAAGCCUCCUGGAAAUGUUCUCCCGGCCUUUACCACAAGUGUUUCAGGCACAGCAAGUGCUAUGGCAGAGGGAGACAUUUCUGAAGAAAGACUGCCUCCCAGAAGCAUUUCUCUGGCUUUGCAGAGGCCUGAAGAUGGUCAACAAGUCUCCUCAGAUUCAGAGAGUACCUCAGAGGAGGGAAGUGGUUUUGAGGAGCACCUGACUCUUGGACACUCUUCCCAGUCUUUGGAGAAGCCUGAAGAUGAGCAAGAAGUCUUUCCAGAAUCACAAAGUUUAGUAGUGGAAUUGAGCAGUUCUGAGCAGCAAGUGACUCCUGGACCCUCUUCCCAGUCCUUGGGGAGGCCUGAAGACUGCCAAAAAGUCUCCUCAGAUUCAGAGAGUGCUUUAGAGGAGAUGAAGGGUUCUGAGGAGCAGCUGACUCCUACAAACUCUUUUCAGUCCUUGGAGAAGCCUGAAGAUGAACAAGAAGUCUUCUCAGAAUCAAAAGGUUUUGUUGUGGAAUUGAGUGAUUCUGAGGAGCAGCUGGCUCCUGGUUGCCCUUCCCAAGCUCUGGGGGAGCCUUCAGAUAAAGAAGUCUCCACAGAAUCAAAUAGCUGCAUUGAAAAGUCCAAUAAUGCUGAGAUGCAGAGCAAUGCUGAGGAAGCCCUGCCUCCCAGACCCCCUUCCCAGGCCUUGGGGAAGCCUGAAGACCAACAAGAAGUCUCCUCAGUUUCAGAGAACACUCCUGAGAAUUUGAGUGUCUCUAUGGAGCAACUGCCUCCCAGAUGCCCUUCUCAGCCCUUCACCAGUCCUGUUGUUCAGCAACAAGUUUCCUCAAGUUCAGCUAGUGCUUCUGCAAAAUGGAACUGUUCUUUGGAACCAGUGUCUCCCAGCUGCAUUUUCCAGUCAUGGGUAAACCCUGAAUUUGAACAAGACUCUGCAGGUCCAGAGAGUGCUGCUGUUGAGUGGGGUAUUUCUAUGGAGCCACUGCCUCCUAGAAUCCCUUCUAAGUGCCUGAUGAGGUCUAAAAGUGAGCAACAAAUCUCCUUAAGUCCAGAAAUUGCUACUGUGGAGGGGAUUAUUUCUAUGGAUCUGCUGUCUCCCAGACAUCAUUCUCAGCCCCUAACAAGACCAACAGUCGAGGAACAAGUCUCCACAGGUCCAGAAAUCCCUACUGUUCAGGGGAGCAUUUCUAUGGAGCCAUUGCCUCCCAAAUGUCCUUUCCCCCCACAGGUGAGUCCUAAAGUUGAGCGACAGGUCUCUACAGGUCCAGAGAGAGCUGCUGUUGAGGAGAGCAUUUCUAUGGAGCUGCUGCCUCCUGAACUUCCUUCUCAGCCCCUAACGAGACCAGUAGUUGAACAAGAAAUCUCUGCAGGUCCAGAGAGUACUGCUAUUGAGGGAGCCAUUCCUAUGGAGCCACUGCCUCCUGAACUUCCUUCUCAGCCCUUGAUGAACCCUAAAGUUGAGCAAAAAGCAUUCUCAGGUUCAGAGGACAUUGACUCUCAGAGGGUCAUUUCUGUGGAGCCACUGCUCCCUGAAUAUUCUUCCCAGUCCUUGACAAAUUCUGAAGUCCAGAAAAUCUCCAUGAGUGCUGGUGUUGAGGAGGGCAUUUUAAUGGAGCUGCUGCCUCCCAGCCCUUCCCAGCCCUCAGUGAGGCCUAAAUUCCAGUCACAGAACAUUACCCUAGAGUCAGUGAGUGCUUCUGCAGAAGGGAGCAGUUCUGUGGAGCUUCUGCCUUCCAGUCACACUUUCCAGCCACUGGUGAGCCCUAAAGUCGAGCAACAAGUCUCCACAGGUCAAGAGAGCACUGCGACUGAGGAGAGCAUUUCUAUGGAGCCGCUGUCUCCCAGACAUUAUUCUGAGCCCUUGAUGAAACCAAUAGCUGACAAAGAAGUCUGCUCAGGUUCAUUGAAUGCUUCUGCAGAGGGGAGCAGUUCUAUGGAGCUACUGCCUCCCAGGUGCCCUUUCCAGGCAUGGAUGAACCCUAAAUUCGAGCAACAAGUCUCUGCAGGUCCAGAGAGUGCUGCUAUUAAUUCAGGCAUUUCUGUGGAACUGAUCCCUCCCAGAAUCCCUUCUCAGCCCCUAAUGAUACCAAAAGUUGAGCCACAAGACUCCUCAGGUUCAGUGAGUGCUUCUGCGAAAUGGAGUUCUAUGCAGCUGCCACUUCCCAGAUGCCCUUUACAGCCCUGGGUGAGGCCUCAACUCCAACAAGUCUCUGCAGGCCCAGAGGGCAUUGCUGCUGAGAGGAGCAAUUAUAUGGAGCUGCUGCCUCCCAGACAUCAUCCUCAGUCCCUGAUAAGACCAGUAGUUGAGCAAGAAGUCUCCUCAGGUUCAGUGAGUUCUGCUGCAGAAUUGAUUGGUCCUGUGGAGACGCUGCCUCCCAGACCCACUUUCCAGUCAAGGGUGAACCCUGAAGUCCAGCAGCAAGACUCUGCAAGUUUAGAGAGUGCUGUGGCUGAGGAAGGCAUAUCUAUGGAGCUACUGCCUCCCAAACAUCCUUCCCAGUCCCUCGUAAGACAUAAAAUCCAGCAAAUUUCCUCAAAUUUUGAGGGUGCCACUGUUGAUGGGGGCAUAUCUGGGAGGUCACUGCCUCCCAGAUAUUCUGCCCAGUUCAUAAGUAGGUCUAAAGUCUGGGAAAUGUCCUCACAUCUAGAGAACCCUGUUGUUGAAGACAUUUCUAAGAAAUCACUGCUUCCCAGGCGUCCUUCCCAGUCAUCUGUGAAGUUUAUGGCACAGCAAAUCUUUUCAUGUUCAGAGAGCCCUGCUAUUGAAGGGGGCAUUUAUAUGGAUCCGCUUCCUCAAAAUCAUCCUUCCAAAUCUUUGUUGAGGCCUAGAGUUGAGCAACAAGUUUUCUCAGGUUCAGAGAGUGCUCCUGAUAAGUGGAGCAGUUCUAAAGAGCAGCUGCCACCCAGAUACCUUAUCCAGGCUUUGGAAAAGCCUGAGCACCAGCAAGAAAUCUCAGUUUCUGAGAGCUUUCCCGAAGAAUGGUAGAGUUCUGAAGAGCAGCAGCCAUCCAGACCCCCUUCCCAAGCCUUGGAUGGGUCUGAAUUCCAGCCACAGAUUUUUCCAAUGGGCUCAGUGAGUGUACCUGCAGAAAAGCGCUGUCCUGAGGAGCAACUGCCUCCCAGGCACCCUUUCCAGGCUUUUGGAAACCCUGAAAAUCAGCAACAAGUUUAUUCAAGUUCCAUGAGUGCUAUUGCUGAGGGAAUCACUUCUGAGAAUAAUUCUGGCAGCUGGCCCCUACCAAGAGGCCCAGCUUCUUCAAACAAAACCAGGAAAGCAAGCCAAGACUCCGAAGAUGGAGCUCUCAUUAACAGCGACUCAACCCUUGCUACCAAAUUUGUGAAGUUCACCAUCACUCCAGCCUGUCAAACAUCCCCUUCUGGGGGCCCUUACUGUAAGGAGGAAGUUCUUGAGAGUGGUAAUCAAAAUAAUAACAGCCAUUCAAGCUCACCCAACAAUGGGAGUGAGGUUGAAAGCCUUUUUGGAGUCCGACUGAAGAGAAUUCCUUUCUCACAGAGGUACAAGGAUGAGAAACAAGAUAGCUUUACUGAACUUCCUUCAUCCCACUUGAGCCCAAUUUCAUCAUCCAUUGGUAAAGAACAGCGAGUCAGAAGAAGCACUUUCCAGAGGCGCUCGGGCACUUCAGAGAACAUCACCAUGGUAUUCCCAGAUGCCCUUUACAGGGCAGAGAAGCAACAGGUCAGGCCUAAAUCUGAAGACAUGGCCAAGAAGCAACCUGCUUACAACAUCCCAGAAAAGGCUCCUGAUCAACAGCCAGGAUUGAUAACCAUGGGAAAGGAGAGGCAGAGGAGUUUCCAGGCCCAGGUUCCUGUGAAAGAGCCUAUUACCAAGAAGACAGCAGGAGCCAAAUCUGAGGCUAAGGAGCAUCAAUAUGGGGGAGCUGACCUUGUAAAUCAAUACCAACCAAGAAUGAGUUUAAUUUCCAGUAUCUAUAGACAGGAGAAGAUGGCAAAAAUGAAGCUACCUAAGUCUACCAAAGCAGUUGGAUUUGAUGAUGAGAAGAUAUUUCAAGUGCCUACCAUGGAAGGAGGAAAAUCUUCAUCUCUCCCAGCUGGGCUCCAUGAGCUGGUUGAGCCGACUGAACCGAUUGAACCGAUUGAACCAGUCUGGAUCUCCCUGGCCAAGAAGAAAGCCAAAGCAUGGAGCCAAAUAGCAGAGAUUAUGCAAUAAAUAGUUCAUGGUAGGAGCAUCAGCUUUUUCAAUCAUAAUUGCCAAUAGCUGUAUUAAUCUGUGUAGUGGUUUCUUAACUGUGACCAUUUUUUUAAUCUUCAUUUUAUUGAGAUAUAUUCACAUACCAUGCAGUCAUACAAAACAAAUCAUACAUUCGAUUGUUCACAGUACCAUUACAUAGUUGUACAUUCAUCACCUAAAUCAAUC